AUGAGAGAAGACAACCAGUCCUCUACCCUCGAUUUCAUCCUCCUGGGAGUUACUGGUCAGCAGGAGGAGGAAGAUUUCUUCUUCAUCCUCUUCCUAUUCAUUUACCCCAUCACAGUGAUUGGAAACCUGCUCAUCAUCUUGGCCAUUCGUUUUGACAUUCACCUCCACAACCCCAUGUAUUUUCUCCUUGCCAACCUCUCCUUUGUCGACAUCUUCUUCUCCUCUGUAACCAUCCCUAAGGCAAUGACCAACCAUCUCUUAGGCACCAAAAACAUUUCCUUUGGAGGAUGCCUAACACAGAUGCAUUUCAUUAUUGCCUUGGCUAACACAGACAGCUACAUCCUGGCUGCAAUGGCAUAUGAUCGUGCUGUGGCCAUCACCCGCCCACUUCAUUACACAACCAUUAUGAGCCUGAGGUCUUGUGUCCUGUUAAUUUUGGGGUCUUGGGUAGUGGGAAAUGCCAAUGCUCUUCUCCAUACUCUACUCACAGCUAGUCUGUCCUUCUGUGGAAACCAGAAAGUGGCCAACUUCUACUGCGACAUUGCCUCUUUGCUCAAGCUGUCCUGUUCUGACAUCCACUUUAAUGUGAAGAUGAUGUACCUGGGGGUUGUUGUUUUCUCCGUGCCGUUACUAUGCAUCACCAUCUCCUACAUUCGGGUCUUUUCCACAGUCUUACGGGUUCCAUCCACCAAGGGUGUGCGCAAAGCCCUCUCCACCUGUGGUUCCCACCUCACUGUUGUUUCCCUGUAUUAUGGGACAGUCAUGGGCAUGUAUUUCCGCCCUCUGACUAGUUACAGCCUAAAGGAUGCAGUGAUAACUGUGAUGUACAUCGCAGUGACCCCAAUGUUAAAUCCUUUCAUCUAUAGUCUGAGAAACCGAGACAUGAAGGCUGCCCUGGGGAAACUCUUCAGCAAGAGAAUCUCCUCAAGACCAAUGUGA